UGCACGGAGCAAGAGGCCAAGAGGGGGAAGGAGAAAAAGAACAGAGAACGGGUUAACUCGACACUUCAGCUAGCUCCGUGUGAAGAUAAGAUGCUGGCCCCGGUCCAAGGUCAUGGGUGCGACCAAAAAUCUGCAGCUGCCCAGCUGUGAGAAGAGGAGAAUGAAGUUGAGCAGGGCUGCAGAGAUAGCAGUGAGAACAGUGAGAGCGAAUGAGGCAGCGAAGGCCAAUGGGGGGGAAACAAAGUCUCUGUAGCUGGGGUGUUUUGGGAAGCUGAGGAGGCCACAGCGAGCUGGUUUGGACUGGUACAAAGAGCACCAGGAACAGAGGGCCCUGGAUGAAAACACCCCCAAAGGAACCCAGGACUUAAAACCCUCCCAAGAGCAAAAGCAAGGCGGAGAUCGCAGCGGACCCUGGACGACCUGUGCACGGGGCAAGAACUCCUGUCCACCCCUCCCCCUCUUCUUCUUCCAUUACACCCUGGCUUGGCCAGCCUUGGGUCAUGCGUGUUUUCCCAAGAGCUGUCUUCUGGACCAGGGCUAGAUCUGAUUAUGAGUGACCAGCGGGGCCAUGUGAACAGCCUCUUCCUGAAUGAGGAAUCAGCCAAGCGUCUCAGCUCCAACAGCCGGGUGCAGCACUUCCAACAGGCGGUGCAGGAGCGGGCAGCACGGGUCAAGAAGCGGAUGCACAGCAUCACCAAAGACAGCGCCAAGGGCUUCCUCAGGAGAAAUGCCUUCGUCCUCUUCACCAUCACUGCUGUCCUACUGGGGAUCAUUUUGGCCUUUGCCCUCCGACCCUACAAGAUGACCUAUCGCCAGAUCAAGUAUUUCUCCUUCCCAGGAGAGCUGCUGAUGCGGAUGCUUCAGAUGCUGGUUCUUCCCCUCAUUGUCUCCAGCCUGGUCACAGGCAUGGCCUCACUGGAUGGCAAAGCCUCUGGGAAGAUGGGGCUGCGGGCCGUAGUCUACUACAUGGUGACCACCAUCAUAGCAGUCUUCAUCGGCAUCCUCAUGGUGAUCAUCAUCCAUCCAGGCAAAGGGUCCAAGGACAAACUGCACCGGGAGGGCAAGAUUGAGCAGGUGCAAACAACUGAUGCCUUCAUGGACCUGGUCAGGAACAUGUUCCCGCCGAACCUAGUAGAAGCCUGCUUCAAACAGUACAAGACACAGUACAGCACCAGGGUCUUCACCAGAACCAUCCUCCACAGCAGCAAUGUCACAGCAGGGACCACUGCCAACUCACAGGCUUCCAUGCCCGAGAAUGUCACCGGCACCCUGGAGAACGUCACACGCACCCUUAGGAGCCUGCAGGAAGUGCUGAGCUUUGAGGAAACCAUCCCCAUCCCUGGCUCGGCCAAUGGGGUGAAUGCGCUGGGCCUGGUGGUGUUCUCCGUGUGCUUUGGCCUGGUGAUUGGCAGCAUGAAGCAGAAGGGACGGGCCCUGCAGGAGUUCUUCAACUGCCUCAACGAAGCUAUCAUGAGGCUGGUGGCCAUUAUCAUCUGGUAUGCCCCAGUCGGGAUCCUAUUCUUAAUCGCUGGCAAGAUUCUGGAGAUGGACGACUUAGCAGUGAUGGGGGGCCAGCUGGGAAUGUACACGCUCACCGUCAUCGUGGGGCUGCUCAUACACUCCCUGUGUGUCCUGCCUCUGCUGUACUUCAUCGUCACCCACAAGAACCCAUGGGUGUUCAUCGCAGGCCUUCUGCAGGCCCUCAUCACCGCAUUGGGCACCUCUUCAAGCUCGGCCACGCUCCCCAUUACAUUCAGGUGCUUAGAAGAAAACAACGGGGUGGACAGGCGCAUCACCAGGUUCGUUCUGCCUGUAGGCGCGACCAUUAACAUGGAUGGCACGGCUCUAUAUGAGGCCCUGGCAGCCAUCUUCAUCGCACAAGUCAACAACUACGAGCUCGACUUCGGGCAAAUCAUCACAAUCAGCAUCACUGCCACUGCAGCCAGCAUUGGAGCAGCAGGCAUCCCCCAGGCAGGCCUGGUGACCAUGAUGAUUGUGCUGACAUCGGUGGGGCUGCCAACUGAGGACAUCACACUAAUCAUUGCGGUGGACUGGUUUCUGGACCGUCUGAGAACCACCACCAAUGUGCUGGGGGACUCCCUGGGAGCCGGGAUUGUGGAGCACCUGUCUCGGCAUGAGCUGGACGCACAGGACUGCGAGCUUGGGAAUUCUGUGAUUGAGGAGAAUGAGAAGCCCUACCACCUGAUCUACCAGGCGAACACCCACAAGCACCGCAGCGAGACAAUCAUGUGACACCAGGGAGCAGGGUUCAGAUUGAGCCUUUAAAAAGGUCAAGACUGGAAGACAAACCUCUCAGCAGCGGGGGAUGGAAAAAGAGCCAACUUAAGCUACAGAGAAAACAAAGACUUAACCCUUUCUUUACCUAGAGAGUUGGAUGUUCAUUGUGACCCUCCUCUUAGAGAAGCAGGACUGAGAGGUCCUGGUUUCGUGGUCCACUGCCCCACCCUGGACUAGACUAGGAGUGGGAGGAUGAUAGUGUUUAGAUUAGUAACUGUUUCUUCUCUGCACAUUGAGGCAGAAAGCUGGAGCAGCCUCUGUCUCCCAUUUCUAGACAUUGUCUGAGGCACCAUGUGUUUCAUUAGCGUCUUUCUUCACAUUUGUAUCUGCCUUUCUUUGUACACUUGGCAUGUGAAGGGUUAAGAACCAAGACAAUAGGCAGCAACUGGCUCCCAAAAUGAGUUGGUAUUUUGCAGUAACCAACUAGGAUCUGGUUAAAAGCAACAGAGGGUCCUGUGGCACCUUUGAGACUAACAGAAGUACUGGGAGCAUAAGUGAAGACUUGCAUCUGAAGAAGUGAGGUUCUGACCCACGGAAGCUUAUGCUCCCAAUACUUCUGUUAGUCUCAAAGGUGCCACAGGACCCUCUGUUGCUUUUUACAGAUUCAGACUAACACAGCUACCCCUCUGAUACUAGGAUCUGGUUGCUUCCAUGGUACAUCCCUAUCGCUAUACAGCAGCAUUUUUCUUGAAGUCCUGGCUUUCUAGUUUCUAUUGUGAUCCAGGAAUCAGACCUGAGUAUGUUACAUUCAAAGGCAGAGUUGGCCUAGCAACUCCCCUGGUUCUCAGCUAAAGCACUACCCAACCAAUAACUGGAGCUAGAUUAGUGAUUUGAUUGUCACUGUGGCUGCAUCGAAGCAUUGUCACACAAUUCUUAAUGGCUUGUCCUCUGGCUCUGCAUCUCUGCAAAACAGCUGGUCAGGCUCCACGGGUCUGAGGAUCACCACUGGGAACCCCGUUUAUGUUAGCAAGGGGCACACAAGGAAUCAGUGGGGAGUCCCCAGAAGAACUCCCCAACUUCUCAAGUGGCAAUUAUAUUGAUAUUUCUAUCAGAAUAGCAGCAGUGACAUCAUAGCAGCCUGGGGUUCCUGAGGGCCUGUCUCAUGCAGUAUCCUGGCAACUCUCGGGGCUGCAUGGCUUUCAAGGGGCUGGGAGACUGUGGAUAAUAUGGACAUUCUGACUUUUCUUUUACUCUUUAGUUUGGGACAAAAUAUCAUUACCUGUGAAGAUGGGCUAGGCUGGCAGAACCAGGAAAGGGUUGAAUGACUUCUGUUCAUCUGAAAAGCUGCUAGAGGUGGGCACACGAACACAGACAAAGAAUUGAUUGACAUUGGUUAAAGCAUCUAGCAGUCUGUAGGUACUCCAGGUUCUUGUGGCCCAUCAGGACUUGGAUGGGAAAUCAGGCUCCUUCUAGGGGGUCGUGCCACUCCUUGAAAGUUGCCUUGAUAGCCAAUAGCUCCUUGUUCUGACUAUCAUAGCUUUUUUCUGCCAGGGUUAACUUCUGUGAAUAAAAGGCACAAGGGUGGAGUAGAGGUGGGGGGCUUGUUGACCUAUGGCAAAGUUUGAGGUGUGGGCCUCGAUUGUAAAUUGUUUAAUGGAAUCUGGGUGAAUCAGGAUGAGUGCUGAGGUGAACUUCUGUCGAUCAAAGGCCGACUGAGCCUCUGCACCAGACAAACCGGGGCUCCCUUUUACAUGAGCACCAUUAACCAUGCUGCCAGGCUAGAGAAUCCUUUAAUAAAUUGCCUGUAGAAACUGGCAAACCCCAGGAAUUGCUGCAUCCUGCUUAGGCAUGGCCCAGUUGGAUAUUGCUGCCACCUGACAUGGGUCCAUGGUGAGUCUCUCGUGCAAGACAAUGUAUCCCAAGAAUUCCACUGUGUCUUUAUGGAACUCAGUUGUUCUCCACGCUGGAGAGGCAGGGCCAGACCUGAUCAAUUUGCAUGGGUUUGGGCACUGGAGAAAGGACUGGUGAGGGGGGGGCUGGAGCCAGCAGGGCUGGUGGAUGCUGGGAGGACUAUAUUUUUUUUCUUGGCAGAAUUUGGUCAGGCAGUCUAUUGAUCUUGAUGCAUAGGUCGACUAACCCAUCUGGUUAAUAGUCAUUUUAGGCCAGGCUGGAAAUGAUCAUUCUGGUCAGCCUCAUUGCACUCAGUGUCUGCUGCCAAGCAUUGGCACUCUAGCAGCUGGCUGGCAUCCCUGCUAACACCCGAAGUGCAGCUUCAGCUGCAAACUUGAAGAUCACCGCCGUAGCUUGAAUGAAGUCCUUACAUUGUCCCAGAAUGGUUUCAGGAUUGGCGAUGCCAAGCUAGGGCCUCCCCAGUAAGCAGGCUAAUAAUCUGUCCCACUCUGGGUUGGUCAGUGGGGUACAUAGAAUCACAGGGUUGGAACUGAGACCUCAGGUCACCUAGUCCAACCCCGAUCUCUGAGCGUAUCAGAAAUAGGAGCCAACAUUGAUUUAUUGCAAAGUAGCAGCCGUGUUAGUCUGUAUCCGCAAAAAGAACAGGAGUACUUGUGGCACCUUAGAGACUAACACAUUUAUUUCAGCAUAAGCUUUCGUGGGCUGCAGCCCACUUCUUCGGAUGCAUAGCAUUGAUUUAGGAACCCAUGAAAUUUGUGAUGGCCAUUGAAUUUAUCAGAUGGGGGAGCUUAGACUUACAGGUCAGAGCUAAAGGCAGUGUGGCUUGAGCUUGAAGGACUGCAUUCUGCGCCUGCCGGGUAGCACCCAGGGCCGGCACGGUCUGUAGGACUCUGGCUAGCUCUGUUAGAGAGAUAUUGGCCUCUGUAGGUUCUGCACUCUCUGCCUCAGCUCUAAUUCUCCUAUUGUUUAUAUUGGGCUGUCAGUGACCGGAACGUGGGUGGUUGGGCUUAGUGAUGGGAGCAGGACUAGGGCCUAGUGGUUAGGGCAGGAGUCGGGAGGGAGGGAGGAAUUGCAGCCCAGGGUCAGAGCUGCAGUACCUGGAGCGAGACAAGGCUGGGGCCACGGCAGCAGCAAGGCUGGGAAGAGCAGGCACAAGAGCUAUUGGAGGCGAAUGCUUUGAGUAGCUGCUGAACUGCUGCUGCUUCUGCUGGGCAUAAGAGCCAGUCUACUGACUUCUCCCACCAAUCCCGCGCCGUAGACAGCCAGGCAGCCUACUACAGGCCAGCUGCACUCAUGAGGUUGCCGGAGAUUGGCUCAGCUGCAGGCCCUGGGUCCCAGUAACCACUCAGACACAUGGCUGAGUGAAGGGGUAGUUUUACGAGGGAUGCAGAUACCCUAGGUAUAGAGGCUUAAGCAGUUACAGUUCAAGGUGUGUAAUAGAGGUUCCUGUUGGGGUCCCUGGCCAGUCCAGUCCAGAGCCAGGGCUCUUCUAGCCCACUGCUUAUGGUGCCCUCUCCAGUCCAGUCUCUACUCCAGCAAACUGGAGCUUGCAGGUUUCCAGGCCAGGCUCAGUUAGUGUCUCUUAUUGAGGCCUCUCUACACUGUCUCCCUGCCCAGCCACUGCCACUCCCACAUAUGUCCCACAUAGACCUGCACCCACCCAUGACGUCUACGGUCACAGUCUGUUCCACGUGUGGCUGUCCACAGUUCCUUGGGCUUCUCUCCAGCUCCCUGCUGCCAUGCAGCUCCCCCUCCUAAACAAAGCCUGGCCACUUCAGGUAGAGGGUCUUUCCCCUUACCUGGCCAGGAGUAAGGGGAGGUGUGGUGAGGAGGGGGCUGACAGGAUUUGUAGCCCCCUGCUCUGCAGAGCCAGCACACUGCCUCUCAUGGGAGCUGUGCAACCAGCACCUGGGGCAAGGCUUGGAAGCAUUGACAGCUUCAGACAGUUG